AUGCUCAAUCCAAGUAACUCUGGUACUGUUGCCACUUCUCCUGUGUUGGGCACAGACAAGGAACAACAGCGUAAAAUGAAUGUUGUGAGAGCAGUCAAAGAUUAUAUUUUGGAUAUGGUGGAUAGCGUGAAGGGUGUUAAAGUUUUAUUAUUAGAUGAAUAUACUAGAGAUAUUGUUUCUGUUGUAACUCCAUUCAGUUUGAUCAUGCAGAAGAACGUUUUCUUGGUCGAUCUUUUAAAUAAUGAAAAGAGACAGCCAUUACCAAAUAUGCGAGCCAUCGUCUUUGUCAGACCAACAAGUGAUAAUGCCAUGCAUCUCAAAGCAGAGCUUCUCUCUCCUAAAUAUCAAUCUUAUUCUGUUUUCUUCUCUAACGUUGCAAGUCAGAACAUUUUGGAAAAAAUUGCAUCAUCAGACAAGAAUGAGCUUGUGAAGAAUGUAUUCGAAUAUUUUUCUGAUUACUUGGCAUUGGAUAACACUAUUUUUUCAUUUAAUAUCCCAAGUACUAUAUCAUUAUUGAAUGCUUCAUGGGAUGAUCCACUUAUUUCUAAAAUUAAUGAUGGAUUGACAAGUCUGUUAAUAUCACUUAGGAAGAAACCAUUCAUACGAUAUCAAAAGAGUUCCGAUUUAUGUAAAAAACUUGCAACUGAGCUGAGCGAAAGAAUUUCCACAAACAACCACGACAAUGGAGUUUUUGAUUUCAAGAUGGAGUCUGAAACAAGAUAUCAUGCUAAGGCUCCUCCUCCACCAAUUUUGUUGAUUCUUGACCGUAGAGACGAUCCUAUCACUCCUCUUCUCACACAGUGGACUUAUCAAGCAAUGAUUCAUGAGCUGCUUGGUCUUCAAAAUAACGUAGUAACAUUCCCAAGCGACAAGAGAGAAGAAGUGAUUUCUUCACAAUAUGACGAGUUCUUCGCGAAUAACAUGUAUGAAAAUUGGGGAGAUUUGUGUAAAAAUGUAAAGAAAGUUGUUGACAGAUAUCAAGAAAAUCACAACAUGAAAGAGAAUAUUCAAUCAAUUGAAGACCUUGCAAAGUUUAUGCACAACUUUCCUGUUUUUAAGAAACAACAGCAGGAAGUUGAAAAGCAUGUUUCGAUUGUCACAGAGCUUCGUUCUAUUGUGGCGAAACGUCGUUUAUUAGAUAUUAGCGAGGUCGAACAAGAGCUUGUUUGUGGAAAGUCACACGCAGAUAAUUAUGAAGCGUUACAAAACAUGCUAAACAAGGAGUCCCUUUCGGAAAAAGAUGCUAUUCGGUUGGUUCUUCUCUAUGCACUCAGAUAUGAAGAUAGAAAGGCUGAAUUGAAAAAUCUUAAAUCUCUGCUUUCCAGAAAGGGAGUCAAGAAUACAGCUCUCGUUGAUUAUGCUAUCAAAUAUGGAGGUAAAUCACAGCGUACUCCAGGCCUUUUUGACGAGGCACCAACAAGCAUCUCUCUCACUGGCUUUUUCAAAAAAGUAGCAAGCGAAUUCCAAGAUAAGGAAGUUACCAAUGUGUUCACUCAACACAAGCCAAGACUCUAUGACACAUUAGAUCUUUUAUUUAAGGGAAAGUUAUCGUUCGAUGAUUAUCCAUUUAUUAGCCUUACUUCAAGAGAAACACCCCAGGAGGUUAUUGUAUUCAUAGUUGGUGGCUUCACUUACGAAGAGGCUUCGUCUGUUGAAUUAUUUAACAGCAAAUCAAGAAGAGAGGCUGAUGAAAACGCUAAAGUAAAGGCAAACUUUGGCGUUAUUAGCUCCUGA